GCAUUGUAUUUAUGCACACACAAUAAACAUCAAAAUGCAAUGUAACAAAUACCUUUCAAAUAAUUGUAUUUAUUUGAAUAUUAUCCAUUUGAGAUUCUUUUGUGAUCCUGUGUAGUGUGCAGUUCAUGUUUGUGUAUGCAAGGCUGAUUCAGAGGCAGCAGUGUGGAUCUGUGUAAUACAAAGUCUAUACCUGAAAAAUAUGUUUCCGUGCUUUCCGUGCUUUCUGUGCUUUCCGUGCUUGCGAUGUAUUUUACUGUGUAUCUGGUUAAAGGUAUGCAGGUACAUAAAGUAUUGAACCAAAGACAAAGUUUAAUGUAAAAAUCACUUUACUCACAUAACAUUUUAUCACGUCAAAAUCACAUUUUAUUGCAAUAUAAUUUGUAAUUGUAAUUGAAUAGCUAGGGAAGACUGUAGGAGCUUUUUUAAACUUUGUCAAAUAAUCAAUGUGUUGAAUUCAAACUGUUGCUUUUCAUGAGACAUUACAACCACUAGCGGUUUGUAUGUAGUAAAAAAUAUAGAAGAUGUAAAAAAAGAAAUUGCUUGAUAUGAUAUUGUUUUACAUGUAGCAGUCAGCCAAUUUGAAAUUGAAAUGGGCCUCUAGAUAAGCGUUUAUUUUGAAUUAUACCACAAAGGAUUGCAACAUUUUAUCCCAGUUCUUGUUAACGUAGCAUGUUGCCUUUUAUAAUACAUAAGAAAAGCUGACAAUAUGUAACCUAUCUCCGCCUUCACAGUAAUGGAUUAAGUAUAUUUGGUGUUCAAAGUUCAACAAAGGCCCAUGGCAAUGUGACUAGUUUUUUCUGGAAACCCUUCCUAGUAUUGCAUAACAGUCCUCAUAAUAAUUUCAUAUGGUUAUGCUGCUGUCACUACACUGUAGGUCAUCAAGUGCAAGGCUGCAGUGGCCUGGGAGCCCAACAAGCCUUUGGUGAUGGAGGAGAUCGAGGUAGCCCCGCCCCAGGCCAACGAGGUCCGCAUCAAGAUUGUUGCCUCUGCAGUGUGCCAUUCAGACCUUUACCACCUUUUUGAGAGUAUGCAUAAAGACGGCUUCCCAACAGUCCUUGGACACGAGGCAGCCGGCAUCGUAGAGAGUGUUGGGCCUGGAGUCACUGAAUUUCAGCCAGGAGACAAGGUCAUCCCUCUGUUCAUCUCCCAGUGUAGAGAAUGUCGCUUCUGUAAGAGUCCAAAGACCAACCAGUGUGAGAAAGGAUGGGCUUCUGGUCGUCACAAUGUGAUGUCACCAGCAGACUCCAGGCUCACCUGUAAGGGGAAGAAGGUGCUGCAGUUUAUGGGAACCAGUACCUUCUCUGAGUACACCGUGGUUAACCAGAUGGCUGUGGCUAAGAUCGACCCCGCUGCCCCUCUGGACAAAGUCUGUCUCCUUGGCUGUGGGAUCUGCACUGGAUAUGGAGCAGCAGUCAAUACUGCUAAGGUGGAACCGGGCUCCACAUGUGCCGUGUUCGGCCUGGGGGCUGUGGGUUUGGCUGCAGUCAUGGGCUGCAAGGCUGCAGGAGCCAAGAGGAUUAUCGCUGUUGACAUCAAUCCAGAGAAGUCUGAGAAGGCCAAGGUGUUCGGAGCGACCGACUUCGUGAACCCCAAGGAUCACAGUAAACCCAUCAGCCAAGUUCUGUCUGCCAUGACUGGCGGUGGAGUGGACUUCUCCCUGGAAUGUGUCGGGAAUGUGGGAGUUAUGCGCAGUGCCUUGGAGUCUUGUGUGGUAGGGUGGGGUGUCAGCGUAAUUGUUGGCUGGACAGACUUAGAAGACUUUUCUGCCCGACCCCUUCAGCUCAUGGCCGGACGCACAUGGAAGGGCUCUGUGUUUGGAGGCUUUAAGGGUAGGGAUUCCGUGCCUCAGAUGGUUAAAGCCUACCUGGACAAGAAGGUGAAACUGGAUGAGUUCAUCACUCACAACAUGACCUUUGACCACAUCAAUGAUGCCAUUGAACUGAUGAAGCAUGGCAAAUGCAUCCGGACGGUCCUGAGUGUUUCUCCACAAUAAGACCAGUGUGUAGCUUUUAAUGACCAAAUGUAG